UUGACAACUAGACACCACCCGACGACGAUAACGCUGCUGCUACAUUCGGAACCAGGCUAGCAGUAAAUAUAUUUUGUUUACUGACUGAGUGUUGGAAACUAACUCACUAAUUUCGUUUUGGGUUGGGCAGCAAUCUGCAGCACCAGUUGCUGACACUGCAAGGUGGGGGAGUAGGCUGUUGAGAUUAGAUGCUCGAGAGACAUUUUUUUUGUGUGUUGAUGAGCCGAGUAACAUGGACACAAAGAACAAAAGAUGAAGUGACUGUCACCCGAGGGAGCAUGCUGGCCACAAAGGGACAGAAGAUUAGAUGUCACCGACAUGAACGCGGCACAUAAAUAAGCUGAGGGAUGACAUCGCUGGCUGUCGGCGUGGUCCUUUGUCUAACAGGCUGGAUCACUCUCUACACACUACUGUGUAACACCAAUGGCAGCCAUGGUUCUGAGUGGAAUUGUAGGCUGGUCACACUGCUCCAUGGAAUCCUGGCCGUCUGUAUAACUGCCUACAUAGGCUAUGUGGAUGGACCUUGGCCCUUCACACAUCCAGGCACAAAGAACACCCCCCUUCAGAUCAGUGCUAUGGUCAUUAGCCUGGGCUACUUCUUCUUCGACAUGGGCUGGUGUGUGUACUUCCGCACAGAAGGCCCGGUGAUGCUGGCCCACCACACCAUGAGCAUCCUGGGUAUCUUGUUGACCCUGAGCUUGGGGGAAUCAGGCAUCGAGUCCUGCGCCGUGCUCUUUGGCAGUGAGAUCACAAACCCCCUGCUGCAAACUCGCUGGUUCCUGAGACAGUUGGGUCGCUAUGAGAGCCUGACGGGGGAGGUGGUGGAUGUUUUGUUUGUAGUGCUAUUUGUGUUCAUGCGCAUAGUGGUUGGCGGGAGGAUGUUGUACUGCGAGCUCAUCUCCCCACGGCCCAGGUUCAUUAUAAAGUGUGGGGGAGUUGCCAUGUAUGUGCUGUCCUGGGUGUUCAUGGUGGACAUUGGUCGUUUCGCCUACCGCAAGAGUCAAUCCAAAUACAGACGCUGGAGAGACCAACACAGAUUGGCAGCAGUUAACGGACAUGACGGAAAGACCGACUGAAAGACUUCCUUAUCAUUAGAAGAUGAAUUAAAAACAUCCAAUGUUUAUACUAACAGAACGUCUUUAACAAAUGAUUAACUACCAAUGGUUGGGUAUGAUUAUUGGGGAAUAGUCUUUGGUAUUCAGCUUACACUUGUACAUUUUUGUGCUCCGUUCAGAAAAAACAAGAUGCUCAGUUUAAACAUUCACUGUUCAUCAGUCACUUUGGGUUAAUAAACUGGGUGGUUCGAGCCCUGAAUGCUGA